AUGGAUCUACCUAGCCUCGCUUUGAUCCUCCGAGCCACCGCACUCAGUCCUAAUCCCGAUGAACCCAAAGCUUCUGAGAAGCAACUCAAUCAGUUGCAGCAUACGCCACAGCACUUGGUGAGAUUGUUGCAGAUAGCCGUGGAUGGGAACUGUGAUAUGGCAGUUCGUCAAAUGGCUAGUAUUCAGUUUAAGAACUUCAUUGCUAAGAACUGGUCACCUGGAGAUUUGGGUGCAGGGGAGCAGCAGAGGAUAUUGCAAAGCAAUAAAGAAUUGGUGAGAGAUAACAUACUCGUCUAUGUCACUCAAGUUCCAACCUUACUCAGAAUCAACAAAUCUAUGGAGCUUUGUUUGUGUUGUGGAUACUCUCUAGAAAAUAUGAAGACUUUGGAUUUCAAGUUUUUGUUGAAGCCAAAUAAUAGAAAUACACCUCGUAUAGUGGAGGAAGGUGAGAAUAGGCUUCUUAUUGGUGGUUUGUUGCAAAGUGGAGAUGCUAGGAAUGCUGCUUUCCAUGAAGGUGGCGGAGAAGUCACCAUGGCCCUGGUCAGCUUAUCCUUUUCUUGGAUUGACCACAAAGAGAUGGCUCUGGAGUCUGCUUUCUCCAUGAGUUUCUGCUCCUUCCAUGUCCCAAAAGCAAUCACAAUUGAGAGGGAAACCUUAUCCUUUCACCGAACCAUCAUCUCUAGAACGAAGGGAAUUGCAGGUGAGGGUGAAGUUCAGAACUUAAGGAUAAGCUCUGAUCUCAAAAGGGUUUACAAGAAUGAGAAAGGGGAUACCCAAGCACACAAUGGUGACAGAGUAACAGCAAGAAAACUUCCAGGUUCAGUACGGGAAGAUAACCAGGAGAUUUCAGGGCAGAAGAAGGCUAUUUUAGAUAGAAGCAAGGCUGUAGUGAAGCUGAAAUCAUUAGUUAAAGAAGUGAGAGAGGCAGGAUAUGUACCAGAAACGAAGUAUGUUCUUCAUGAUAUCGAUGAAGAAGCCAAAGAGAAAGCAUUGAUGCAUCACAGUGAACGGUUAGCUAUUGCUUUUGGGCUUAUAAACACACCUCCUGGGACGACGAUAAGAGUGAUGAAGAAUUUGAGGAUAUGUGGAGAUUGCCACAACUUCAUAAAGAUACUGUCGAGUAUUGAAGAUAGAGAGUUUGUUGUAAGAGAUAACAAGAGGUUUCAUCAUUUUAGAGAUGGUAUUUGCUCCUGCGGAGAUUAUUGGUAGAAAUUUUUGUAUGAACAAACCUGUAGUGACGUUUUAAAACUGAUCAAAUCAAAGUGACGAAAUUUAAAAAUCACAUAUCAAAGUACUAAAUGUCAUGUUCUUAAUCACUGAGUUAAGACAACUUCACUUAUUC